CGAUACCGCAUCGAGUGAGAUCAUGGGAUCAACCGGUACCGAUGUGAUCUCUGUAUCAGCCAAAGAUUCCCCCCAAAAGGCAAAAGAAUUAAGAAAGAGAGGGCAUUAGACCAGAGAGAUUGGCCGGAGAGUGACGGUGUAACUGGCAGAGGCCUCGUUUUGGCGCUAUCUCUUCACCCUCUCUCGGCGGCGACGCCGAUCGCCUCUCGUCGAUCCAUACUCUUCUGCUUCCCUUCCCUCCUAGAUCUGGCCCCCAGAUCCUGAGGCUUUUGGUGGUGGCGAGGGCUUCAAGAGGCGAAGGCCGCUAUGCUGACCAAAUUCGAGACCAAGAGCAAUCGGGUGAAGGGGCUGAGCUUCCACAGCAAGCGGCCCUGGAUCCUCGCCAGCCUCCACAGCGGUGUGAUCCAGCUAUGGGACUACAGCAUGGGCACGGUCAUCGAUCGGUUCGACGAGCACGACGGUCCCGUUCGUGGCGUCCACUUCCAUAAAUCGCAGCCCCUCUUCGUCUCCGGAGGGGAUGAUUACAAAAUCAAGGUCUGGAAUUAUAAGACCCGCCGUUGUCUAUUUACCCUUCUUGGGCAUCUUGAUUACAUCCGUACAGUGCAAUUCCAUGAUGAGCAUCCCUGGAUUGUUAGUGCUAGUGAUGAUCAAACCAUUAGGAUUUGGAACUGGCAAUCACGGACCUGCAUUUCUGUGUUAACCGGCCACAAUCACUAUGUCAUGUGUGCCUCAUUCCAUCCAAAGGAGGACCUGGUUGUAUCGGCUUCCCUUGAUCAAACAAUUCGUGUCUGGGAUAUUGGUGCUCUGAGGCAGAAGGUGGUACCAGCUGAUGACAUUCUGCGGCUUAGUCAGAUGAACACAGAUUUGUUUGGUGGAAUUGAUGCAGUUGUCAAGUAUGUCUUAGAAGGUCAUGACCGUGGGGUCAAUUGGGCAUCAUUCCAUCCUACUUUGCCCCUAAUCGUGUCUGGUGCUGAUGACCGGCAAGUGAAACUCUGGAGAAUGAAUGAUUCAAAGGCUUGGGAGGUGGACACAUUGAGAGGGCACACUAACAACGUUUCUAGUGUGAUGUUCCACACGAAGAUGGAUAUCAUUGUAUCCAACUCGGAGGACAAAAGCAUUCGUGUUUGGGAUGCUACAAAACGCACAGGUGUUCAGACAUUUAGACGUGAGCAUGACCGCUUCUGGAUUCUUGCUGUGCAUCCAGCUAUGAACCUUCUUGCGGCAGGUCAUGAUAGCGGCAUGAUCAUCUUCAAGUUGGAGAGAGAACGCCCUGCUUUCUCUGUCAGUGGAGAUACUCUAUACUAUGUUAAAGAUCGCUUCUUGUGGUUGUAUGAGUUCUCAACCCAGAAGGACAUUCAGGUUGUUCCUAUAAGGAAGCCUGGUUCUGUCAGCUUAAACCAGGGACCUAGAACACUGUCUUAUAGUCCCACGGAGAAUGCUGUAUUGAUCUGUUCUGAUGUGGACGGUGGAUCUUAUGAGUUAUAUAUUGUUCCUAAGGACAUAUCUCUUAGGAGUGACUAUAUGCAGGAAGCAAAAAGGGGGGCUGGUGGGUCAGCAGUUUUCAUAGCCCGCAAUAGAUUUGCUGUUCUGGACAGGAGUACCAAUCAAGUAGUAGUGAAGAACCUGAAAAAUGAGAUAGUAAAGAAAAGUCUUCUUCCAAUCGCUACUGAUGCAAUAUUUUAUGCUGGGACUGGUAACGUGUUGUGCAGAGCUGAGGACAGGGUGGCCAUCUUUGAUCUUCAGCAGAGGAUUGUCAUUGGUGAGCUGCAGACCCCAUCUGUCAAGUACAUUGUCUGGUCAAGUGAUAUGGAAUCUGUUGCUUUGCUUGGUAAGCAUGCUAUAGUCAUUGCUAAUAAGAAACUUGUGCUUCGUUGCACAAUGCACGAGACUAUUCGUGUAAAAAGUGGUGCCUGGGAUGAUAAUGGAGUUUUCAUUUAUGCAACAUUAAAUCAUAUCAAGUAUUGCCUAAGUAAUGGGGACACCGGAAUUGUAAGAACCCUGGAUGAACCUAUUUACAUAACCAAGAUAUCUGGAAGCAAUAUUUUUUGCUUGGAUCGCAAUGGGAAGACCCGGGUUAUAUCAAUUGAUGCUACAGAGUACAUCUUCAAGCUUUCUCUUAUGCAAAAAAGAUAUGACCAUGUGAUGGGUAUGAUAAGGAAUUCACAGUUAUGUGGUCAGGCUGUAAUUGCAUAUCUUCAACAGAAAGGCUUUCCAGAAGUUGCUCUCCAUUUCGUUAAGGAUGAGAAGACCCGAUUUAAUCUGGCUCUUGAGAGUGGUAAUAUCCAAAUUGCUGUUGCUUCAGCAAAAGAGAUUGAUGAUAAAGACCAUUGGUACAGGUUGGGCAUUGAGGCCCUUCGACAUGGAAACACUAAUAUUGUAGAAUAUGCAUAUCAGAGGACAAAGAACUUUGAGAGGCUCUCAUUUCUCUAUCUUGUAACGGGGAAUAUGGAAAAGCUAUCCAAAAUGCUGAGGAUAGCUGAAAUUAAGAAUGACAUCAUGGGUCAGUUCCACAAUGCACUGUAUCUUGGUGACAUUCAGGAACGUGUCAAAAUACUGGAGAAUGCUGGUCAUUUGCCUCUUGCAUAUGUUACAGCUGCCACUCAUGGACUUCAGGAAGUUGCUGAUAGGCUUGCAACUGAGCUGGGAGAUAAUGUUCCUUCAUUACCUGAAGGAAAGACACAUUCUCUUCUAAUGCCUCCUGCACCACUCAUGUGUGGUGGGGAUUGGCCCUUACUAAGGGUAAUGAGAGGUAUCUUUGACAAUGGUUCGGAUAUGGGGAGGGCAGGACAGGAGGAAGAGGAGGAUGCUGCUGGUGCUGACUGGGGUGAUGAGGAACUGGACAUUGUUGACAUGGAGGGAGUGAUGCAGAAUGGUGAAAUAAUAGCAGAUCUUGAGGACGGUGAAGGAAAUAUAGAGAAUGAAGAAGAAGGAGGAUGGGAUCUUGAAGAUCUGGAAUUACCAGCUGAUGUGGAUACACCAAAAGCUGCAGGCAAUUCUCGCCAUUCAUUGUUUGUUACCCCAACACCUGGGAUGCCUGUAAGUCAAAUGUGGAUCCAGAAAUCAUCUCUUGCUGGGGAGCAUGUGGCAGCUGGAAACUUUGACACUGCCAUGCGCUUGCUCAGCCGGCAAUUGGCUAUAAAGAACUUUGCACCUUUGAAGCCACUAUUCAUGGAUAUUCACAUGGGCAGUCAUUCUUAUCUGUAUGCGCUUGCUACUGCACCGAUUAUAUCGAUUGCUGUUGAAAAGGGAUGGAAUGAGUCUGCUAGCUCUAAUGGAGGAGGUCCACCAGCACUUGUCUUCAGGUUCUCACAGAUGGAUGAGAAACUUAAGGCAGCUUAUCGAGCCACAACAGAAGGAAAGUUCCCUGAUGCUUUACGUCAUUUCCUUAACAUUUUGCACACCAUCCCUCUUAUUGUUGUUGACUCAAGGAGGGAAGUUGAUGAAGUGAAGGAGCUGAUUGACAUAGCCAGAGAAUAUGUUCUAGGUUUGAAAAUUGAGCUCAAAAGAAAGGAAAUCAAGGACAAUUUGGUUCGACAGCAAGAACUAGCGGCCUAUUUCACAAAUUGUAAGCUUCAGAAGAUUCAUAUGAGGCUCGUCCUCACAAGUGCUAUGACCAUCUGCUACAAGGGAGGGAACUGCUCUACAGCGGCUAAUUUUGCAAGGAUGCUUCUUGAGAGCAGCCCAACAGAAGUCCAGGCAAAGAAGGCUAGGCAGCUGUUGCAACAUUGUGGUGACAAAAAAGAUGUUAACCAGCUCAAUUACGAUUAUAGGAAUCCAUUUGUGGUUUGUGGGGCAACUUUUGUUCCGAUCUACCGUGGCCAGAAAGAUGUUUCUUGCCCUUAUUGUGGAGCUAGAUUUGUGCCAACCAUCGAAGGUCAUCUUUGUGCUGUUUGUGAGCUUGCAGUGGUAGGAGCAGAUGCAUCUGGCCUGCUCUGCUCACCUACACAGAUAAGAUAAUUGGCAUAAGGUACUUCUGUUAUUUGUUAACUUUUGCCCUUUUCUGUUAUUUAGCUUCUUGCUGUUAUAUUAUAUCUUGCCUGGGACAUAUUGAUUAUGUGCAAGGUAAAGCAAUAAUAGUAGAAAUGUUGCUUUUGAGCAUCUUGCCCCAUUCGCCGAACCAUGGGGAGGUAUUUAAGGGGUUAGUUUUUACUAGAUUUUGCAGACGGUGUUAGAACAAGAUUGUAGAAGCUACAUUUGGUUAAAAGAAUGCAGUUAGGAUUUUCAUGUAUUUCUUCCAUCCCUGGAUUGUUUAUGGAGCCUUUUUUAGGUGGUCAA